CUAAUCAAUUACUUUCCUCGUUAUCCUUUUUUGCAGUCAAGUUAAAUUGCUCUCUUUCAAGACUUGUGUUCUUUAAACCAAAAAAAAAAAAAAAGUAUCUGUGUUCAUCACCAACUCAUUCUUCUUUCAGAUCUAGGGUUUCAUGCUUCACUCAAUUUUUUUUUGUUUAGGUAGUUCCAUCUUCUAAACGUUGUAUUUUUUUUUUUUUGCCAUCAUAAUCAUAUGGAGUUCGAGUCAGUGUUCAAAAUGCAUUAUCCGUAUCUCGCAGCCGUUAUCUACGAUGAUAGCUCCACUUUAAAAGAUUUUCAUCCAUCUCUUACCGAUGAUUUUUCUUGUGUACACAAUGUGCAUCACAAACCAUCGAUGCCUCACACAUAUGAAAUACCAUCAAAAGAAACCAUUAGGGGCAUCACUCCUUCUCCAUGCACUGAAGCUUUCGAGGCAUGUUUUCAUGGCACAUCCAACGACCAUGUUUUUUUUGGCAUGGCCUAUACCACCCCACCAACUAUUGAACCCAACGUUUCACAUGUCUCACAUGACAAUACUAUGUGGGAAAACGAUCAAAACCAAGGAUUCAUCUUUGGAACCGAGUCAACCCUCAAUCAAGCCAUGGCGGACUCUAAUCAAUUCAAUAUGCCAAAACCACUCUUGAGCGCAAACGAAGACACCAUCAUGAAUCGACGUCAAAAUAACCAGGUAAUGAUCAAGACCGAGCAGAUCAAGAAGAAGAACAAGAGAUUUCAGAUGAGGAGGAUAUGUAAACCCACAAAAAAAGCUAGCAUCAUCAAAGGACAAUGGACUCCUGAAGAAGACAAGUUAUUGGUGCAGCUAGUGGACCUUCACGGAACUAAAAAAUGGUCUCAGAUUGCUAAGAUGCUUCAAGGACGAGUUGGAAAACAGUGCAGAGAAAGGUGGCAUAACCAUCUCCGUCCCGAUAUCAAGAAAGAUGGAUGGACUGAAGAAGAGGAUAUAAUACUGAUAAAAGCCCAUAAGGAGAUUGGGAACAGAUGGGCUGAGAUAGCUCGAAAACUCCCGGGACGCACUGAAAAUACGAUCAAGAACCAUUGGAACGCGACUAAACGUCGACAACACUCGAGGAGGACUAAAGGAAAAGAUGAAAUUUCCCUUUCACUUGGUAGCAACACUCUUCAGAACUACAUUAGGUCUGUUACCUACAAUGAUGAUCCUUUCAUGACCGCAAAUGCAAACGCAAACAUUGGUCCAAGAAACAUGAGAGGUAAAGGUAAGAAUGUAAUGGUUGCGGUCUCGGAGUAUGAUGAGGGUGAAUGUAAGUAUAUUGUGGAUGGUGUGAAUAACUUGGGUUUAGAAGAUGGAAGGAUCAAGAUGCCGUCAUUGGCGGCUAUGUCGGCCUCCGGAUCAGCGUCUACUUCUGGUUCUGCGUCUGGUUCUGGAAGUGGUGUGACCAUGGAGAUUGAUGAGCCGAUGACUGAUAGCUGGAUGGUGAUGCAUGGAUGUGAUGAAGUUAUGAUGAACGAGAUUGCUUUGCUGGAGAUGAUUGCUCAUGGUCGUCUUUAGACCGUGCAAUAUAAACAAGUCGAACUUGAUUAUAUCUACCUAUAUAAUUAUGCUAUUUAUGAAAUUAUGUUUGUGCUUUUAAUUGAAGAAUUGGACAUGUAAUAUAUAUUGUGGUUUAAUUGAAGGUUUCUUUUGGACUAAACAAAAAUUGAAGGUUUUCUUGC